CUCUGUGCAUGUUCUGUGAUGCUGGGAACUCUGGGACAAACUGGUGACCCCGGGGACGGUCAAACGCCAAACGCUGUUCGGACCGAAGAGAGGAGGCCAACACCUGAAACCACCAGGGAGAAGAAUUCAACGUUUUCCACCAAGGAUCAUGUGCGUCAGUCCCAGGCGCUGUCUGCUGCAGAGAAAGAGUUCAUCCUGAACAGGAAGAGAGUCUCUCUGAAGGCGCUCAACGACCUGGGAGUCAAGUGUUCACUGGCUACCGUUCCUCACAUCGCAGUCCUGGGGUCAGGUGGAGGUCAGAGAGCCGCUGUCAGUCUGCUGGGUUCUCUCCAUCAGAUGGAGAAAGACGGUCUGCUGGACUCGGUGCUCUACCUGGGAGGAGUCUCUGGAUCUGUGUGGUCGAUGGCGUCGCUGUACACUGACCCUCAGUGGAGUAAGAACGUGGGCGGAGCUGUGUCCAGGCUGUCAGGUCCUGAGAUCAGUCCGGAGCAGGUUCUGUCGUGGCUGAGUGAGGCAGCGAAGGACGAGCAAUUCUCUCUCUCUGACAUCUGGGGGCUCCUGACCUCGGCUGGGAUCAUGAAGCAGCUGGACCAUCAGCGUCUCUCCGGGGUCGUUACAAACGCCGUCAAUCCGUACCCCAUCUACAACGCUAUGAACCAAAACUGUCUAAAAGGACCAGAAAAAGGUAAAUGGUUCGAGCUGACCCCUCAUGAGUCCGGCUUCACAGAUCUGGGUCUCUUUGUGAACUCGUCUCUUCUGGGCAGCAGAGUCCAUGAAGCGGCUUCAGGAGGACAGAGGGAGAUGGACUUAGUGAGACUGCAGGCGUGUAUCUGUUGUGUAACAUUUCAAACAUGCAGAAGAAGAAGUAAGGAGUGUGCAUGUUUAGAUCUGGCGGGCGCUGCAGUGACGGAUGAAAACAACCUGCUGGAUGUGAUUUUCCUCUGGACUGAAGCUCCUCAGCAGGUGAGCGGGUUCUUUCAGGUGUUGGACCGGUACGCGCGAGCAUAUCACACCCUGUUAAAGGUGACGGACAUUAUCAAGAGAUACACCAAAGAUCCAAAGGUGAUAUCUGAUCUGAACAAGCUGCAGAAGACGAUGAGAGAGAAUUUAAACUUAAACCCGGCUGCAUGGUUUGGAAAGAAGAGUCCAAAACAACGUAAGCUGAUCCUGGAUCGGUGGAGUCAGAAGAUUUUGGAGCCUCUGCAGUCCUGGUCCCAGAGUCUGGAUGAAGGACCCGUCAAAGAUUACGUCUCCUUAUUGCCCCAGAAAGUCUUUCCUGCGAUUGGGAAAUGGGAGUGGGAAACCAUUGAAAACUUCCUCUUCCUGUACCCAGACGCUUCAGUGCCGUCCUGCGUCAGACUGAAGCAGCGCCUGCAGCUGAUUGACGCAGGUCUGAUGUUGAACAUGGCGUUUCCCCCGCUCCUCGGAGAAAAGAGAGAGGUGGACCUCCUCAUCGCUCUGGAUUACUCGGCCAGUGAAGCCUUCACGACUCUGACCGCGGCCAGAGAUUACGCUGCCAAACUGAAGAAGCCGUUCCCCGAGAUAGACGAGAAAAUCCUGCUGGAGGAGAGAGACUGUCCGAAGGACUUCUACGUGUUUGAGGGGAAAGAGAAGGAGCCCACCAUCGUGUUCAUGCGCUCUUCAACAGAAACAACUGCAAAGGUAUCCUGUGGAUCCGGCCUGCAGUCUCUCAGAGUCUGUGUCUAA